AUGUCCCCCUCCGCCGAGCCCGAAAAAGCCGAUCGCUCUCUCGCGCUCCUCUUGACCGCGAUUGCACGGCUGGGAGAGAGAGAGAGAGAGAAAAGAGAAAAAAAGUGGCAUGACGGCGUAAACACUCCGCGCGCCUUCGCGGGCGCGCGAUCCUCCCCGAGCGCCGUUCGUCGCCCGACUACUGGAUUAGCGAGCCGCAGGAUCCGCCAGCUCAGUGCCGAGCGAUCGGGCGCGAUGGCCGGGCUCGACGAGCGCUCGCACGAGGAGGCAACGCGGACCGACGACGACGACGACGACGACGGCGACGACGACGACGACGACGACGACGACGACUUGAUUCCGCCGGAGCCGCCGGGCGAGUGCCACGCCAGCCUGCAGCGCGAUGUCGCGCUCCUCGGCGACUCGGUGCGCCGCGCCCGCGUGUCCGACCUCGCCGCGUUCAUCAUGCGCCGGAGGUCGUUCCGCAACCCGUACUACAUGGACAGGUUCGUCCGGCAUUGCCGCAUCAACGAGUACGGCAGCAACUACCCGCGCGACAGGUACGACCCGCGCAAGUGGCCGCGCAGCUCCUACUACGAGUCGCUCGCCAGGCGCCAGGAGGAGGCCUGCUUCCAGGCGAGGUGCCGCGAGUACGCGCGCUCGCGGACGGCCGACGCCGACCCGCCGAGCCGCGCCUGAUUUCCCUUUGUUCGUCCUUCCGAGGCGAGCGGAGCGCUCGUUUUUUUCCACGCCGCGCCGCCUUUUCUCGCGCCGUGCGCGCGGACCGAGAGCACGUUUGUUUCUCUUUCCUCGUUCUUUUUUUGUCGCUCGCGCGUUGCUCGCGCGGAGCGCGCGAGACGACCGAUCGUUUGCUAACGCAUCGUAAUAUCAUACCCGUAUGCGCGCGCGCGCGAAUAUUUCGACAAUGACUUGUGCGUACGCACGUACGCGCGAUUCAACGUUUAUUCCCCUCCUGUCCCGGCUGCGCUAUUUCGACUCCGCGCGCGCGACCGCGGAGUGCGAGUUUCGUCGCGACAAUUUCAUCCUUUUGUUUUGUUUUCUGCCGAGGUUUCGGCGAGUGUGCGUUUGAUCGCAGCGGCGAUUAAGUGCGCGCGCGUCCUGCGAUUGUAUUUUCAACUCCCGUGGCUAAUGACCGAAAUUCCACAGUAAUGUAAUCAUGUACAGAAAAAAAAAAAAAAACUAUGCGAAAUUCAGCGAAGCCAAUCCAUUCAUCGUUGCAAUGGACGAUGGCAAAAUGCACUACUUUGUAACUGUAUUAUAUAUAACCUUAUUCGCGAUAAGGUUCCGUUAGUUAGUCUAUCCUUGGAGAUUCGCUUUCACUUUAUCUCCAGCUCUCCUUUAUGCUCCACACAAGUGCUGUACUGUAUUCUGGGAUUUCAUUGUAUAAAUAAGCGAUAUACGUAUAGAAGUAAAAUGCGCAUUAAGAAUACACAGUUGUCUUUUAUUUUGAAUACAUGUUGAUAACUGAGGCAAGAAAUUUACGCUCUUUUCCGAUAGUUAUAAUCGUUUUCUGGCCUGGAAAAAUCGACCGCACACGCGCGCAUACACACACGCGCGCGCGCACACUCACAAUUAUAAAUAUAUGUAGCGCUUUUCGAUAAGUAAAUUUUGACAGUUGAAUAGCACGGCAAUCCGCUUGUGCGACGACACUGACACAUUUAUCGUCGGAUACUUGAUUGCACUUCUCGCGGACGACACGGACAAACACAGCCGAUGCGCACUACACUUGUGUUUAUGUAUAUACUUUGCAUAUACAUUGUACUCGUGUAGGUGUGCGCCUCGUUUGAUCCACUUAUCAGCCGCAAACAAUCCAGUUUACUUUACUUUCAGUCUCUCGGGUUUUCUUUUGUUUAAAUAGAAAAUCGAGUUUUUCUGCUGAUAGCCGAUCGGAAACCAGCCAAAAUUCAAGCAAUCAAGCCGGAGAAUAUUUAAAAGCCGUGCGAGCACGUGUCCACGACCGAACAAAGCAAAACAAUACGUUCCCCCACCCCGCCAACCGACCGUUUAACUGUUGAUAAUGCAGCUGUCUUAAUAACGAACUCUCGAAAAAACUCCCGGACGUUCUUUUGGCGCUUUCGUUCAUAAUAACACGAAUUCAUUCAUAUUUUUUAAACAUUCUUGAAACGCUAUUUACUAGUCAAAUCUUUACAAACUAAUAAUCAAACAGGCUACAACUUACUCUUCAUUCGUGACGUCAGUCCGAUGC